AGGUGAGGUGGAAAGCUGUCAUGCGGCGUCUAAAAACACCAACCACCCACCACCACCUCAACUGCGUACAAUCUUCAAUCCCCAUCCCAAUCCGACCGUCGAAACCACAUCGCGUCCGCCAGACACUCGGGACGGCUCGUGUCCCCCAAAUCCAACCUGUACGGCAGACGUGACGCAUCGCCAAAGCAGCAGCAAUCCUACAUUUGUCCUUGAGAGCCACAUCGCGACUCAGGCGGCGGGUCUCUCCAAACAAACAAACAAAUUUCUUGCCCGCGCCCGCCGACCGAUGAAGCCCUUCCCGUGGACGGCAUCACUACCGACCAUGCAAGCUGUCUGCUGCUAACCGCCAGCGCCUGCUUCCUCACCUUCGCCCUCACCCCGGCCGUCGCCGUCGCCGUCGUUGGCGUCUCCCAUCUCCCACUCUUCCAUCUCUACCGCCUCUCCUCUGCCAACGCCGAUGGACUCCCCCUCCUCACCGUCGCCUCCAAGACCGCCAAACCGCGCGUCGGUCUCGGUCCAGACGGCCGCCAGCGGCACGACGGACAACACCACGGCCCUCCGCCUGCGGCCCCCGAGAUCUCUCCCCCCCUGGAUCGAUUCAUACGAAAAGCGCUAUGGCCAGCCCCCCGACGACCAGCUCCGCCUGCUGAGCCCCCCAUCGCGCACCGUUCGCCCCCAGCACAACUCGACCCCCGACCAGCCCCGGCGCCGCGUCUCCAAAGACGGCUUCGUCGCCUGGGAAGAUCCCCAGCUCGGCCCCGCGCAGGAUGCCCGCGCCCGCAUCCCCCACUUCCUGCGUCACGGCCGCGCCUCGAUGCGCGGCCGGAAGUGGGACCACCUGCGGACGGCCGACCCCGUCAUCGUGCCCGGCUACUACUCGCCUGCCACGGCUGCCCCGGCCCUCGCCUGGCACGACUUCCUCCAUUCCUCCGCCUGGGGGCGCGCUCCCGGGGAGGAGUCCGAGGUGCUUGACUACGAGGCCAUGCGCAAGCUCCAGCCCAACUUUGACCGACGUCCCGACGACAACGUCAACCCGCACGACGCAAAGGCCAAGGGCCAUGGCUCGCGCCGCCGCCGCACCGUCGCCUUCUACAAGCGGGCGUGGAACGUCCUCAUCCGCCACUCGCUGUCGCCGCUGCUGUUUCGUCUCGCCGUCGCCGUCACCUCUAUCCUCGCUCUCGCCGUUGCCGGGCGCAUCCUCGUCCUCGAAGACUCUCACGACCGCGAAACGGCCGAGCGCACGCAGUCUCUCGUCGCCAUCGUGGUAGACUGCGUCGCCAUUCCCUACACCGGCUACAUGAUCUACGACGAGUACACGGGCAAACCCGUGGGCCUGCGCUCGGGCGUCUCCAAAGUCCGCCUCAUCCUCCUCGACCUCUUCUUUAUCAUCUUCAAGUCGGCCAGCACUGCUCUGGCCUUUGAGAGCCUUGUCUACCAUAACGUGCGCGAGACGAACCUCCUUCAUCUCGCGGCGGCUCUCGGCGCCUUUGAGCUCGUCGGGCUCAUCUCCUGGACCAUGAAUUUUAUUGUAAACGUCUUUCGCACUGUCGAGCGGCUUGGCGGUGGCGACCCGGACACUGGCGCUGGGCACUCAUGAUACCAGAAGCGUAUGGAGUCUUUUGGAUUUGGUUGUUUUGCUGGCCUCAUGACGGCGUCUGGCGCUAUGAUUUGCACGGCCCUCAUCGGCCAUUUGGGUGAGAAGACGGCAUGAGCUGGUAUGGGCACGCAGUUUUGUAAGCGUGUAUCUUUCAUGUGCUCUAUUGUGGCGACUCUAAGCGUCAUGACUAUGUACAUGGGAGUGUUUCCCCGUCACCGUAUCCAACUAUUAGGUCGUUAUGUACAUAUGUAGCCCUCAUUACAUCGCAUGCCACAGCG